AUGUCUGCUGCACGAAGAGCUACCAUGGUCAUAGCUGCUAACCGUUUCUCCGUCUUCAAAUUGUCCAGGGUGAGAACCUCGACUAGCUUCUUGAGGUCCGCGAUAAUUUCCUCCUGGGUAGGAGGAGGGGCCGACGACGAAGAGGACGAAGACGACGAAGAUGGCGCGGGUGACGGACGAGGAGGGGAGGGAGGAGCAGGAACAACGAAGGCCCCAGGAACGAUCGGCGACGGGGAGCGAAGGUCGACGACGGGAGGAGCACGAGGAGGACGAGGACCACGAGGAGGGGGGGAAGGAGACAGCUCCCACAGGGGAGCACCAGGACCAGCGGCACGGAAGGAGACCGAAGGAGGAAGAGGAGGAGGAAGACCGGGAAGUUCGUCCGAUGACAAAGGAGAUUCGGUCGCGAACACCGAACGACGAGCAGCGGGGGGCGACGAGCGAGCGACGGGCGAAGAGCGAGAAGUUGUCGAGACUUUCCUCUGUUUAGCAGGGGAAGGGGGGAGGAAGGAACAGACACCUGAUGUACACGAUGCACAUCGUGUACCGCGGUUGCGAUCACAUUCUUCGCCCUUGGGAGCAAGCUCCCACCUUCCAGGUUGGGCCGCGAGGAGGGCCAAGAGACUCGCCGAAGUUCUUACCGUUCCCGGACGAGGAACAGGCGAGGAAGAGGGGGCUUCAACCCGUACCCGUUUGCGAGCGGGGGUGGGCGAGGACAAAGCGGACGAAGAGGAAGAGGACACCGAUAUUGGUGAAGAAGUUCGUCGAUGUCUCUUCUUAGGAGACCGAAGGAUGGAAGAUUUUCUUCUUAAACUCGCCUCUUUCGAGGGAGCUUUUCUCUUGGCCGGAGUCGAGGAUGGACCGGCGACGGGAGCGGGAGGCGCGGAAGACGAGGAAGACGCCGACAGAGAAGGGAGAGCGGCCGACAAGGAAGAGAGGCGAAGGCCAGCCGAGCUGGCAAGGCGGCGGACGAAGGACGAAGGAGGAGCAGGAGGGGGAGACUGGACCCGGGACACUAACAUCAGCCAUGACACGAAACUUCUCCACGAAAUUCUUAGGCAAUUAGAACUUACUGCUUCGAGUCCUUCGGGCAACGUUCGAAGGAGGAGAUUUGACGAGUUUUCGAGGGGUAGACGGGGCCAUGAUAAGGGCGUUCCCGUCGUCAACGUUGUGUUUCAUGGAGUCCAGGAUACCACGAAGAUCCCUGGAUACGAGAGAAAAUUUUUAGGCUAA